AUGGCCACCUCCGACACAAGAGUCGUCUCCGUGCAGCGACUAAACUCCGGCCCGGGCUCACGUUCACUAUCAGAAUGGUGGGCCGACGAGCGCAAGAACUCCACGCCCGAAUCCAAAGCCGUCGAAGAAGCCGCCAACCUCCUCCGCACCAGCGAUAUCCCCGUCGCAUUUCCCACGGAGACCGGCAUCUAUAAAGCCAAGCAACGACCAUCUGAUAACCCGCUGAUCAUCCACAUCGACUCACUAGAGAUGCUGGACCGCCUACUCAACCCAGCCUCAAGCAGUCCCAGCACUGCAAAGACUCCCCGCAUCUCGAUUCCAGAAAUCUACAAGCCCCUCAUCGACCGCUUCUGGCCCGGUCCCCUAACAAUCAUCUUGCCUAACCCGUCAGGCUCCGAACUCGCGCCGGAGGUAACCUCCAAACUAACAACCUUUGGCGCACGCAUGCCCUCAUCCCCACUAGCCCGCCUCCUAAUUCAUGCAACGGACCGGCCCCUCGCCGCACCCUCAGCCAAUGCCUCGACAAAGCCCUCGCCCACAACAGCGCAGCACGUCCACCACGACCUGAAGAGCCGCAUCGACCUAAUUCUCGACGGCGGGGCCUCAGGCGUCGGAGUCGAAAGCACCGUCGUCGACGGUCUCUGCUCUCCACCCGCUAUCCUUCGACCAGGCGGAAUAGGUAUCGACGAGCUGCGCCAGUGCGCGGGGUGGGAAAAUGUCACCGUUGCGUACAAGGACGGCACACUGGAUAUCAAGGACAUUCCUCGGGCCCCCGGCAUGAAAUAUCGACACUACUCGCCAAAGGCGCGAGUCAUUCUCUUCGGAAGCGAGUCCAAGGAAGAGGGCGUCACGAAACGUGUUCGGAAAGAUCUGUCCGACUCGGCUGUCGGCGCGCACACCAUCGGUAUUGUGCGCACGAGAAACUGGAAAAAGGGCCUUGGUCUUGCUCCGGAUGAUGUGAUUGCUAGCACGGUGAAACCGGUUGAUGGUGCGGCCAUUGAUAACUUGACUAGUUUCCCUAUACCCGUGCAGCAGACCGGUAGCUCGAAUAGUCGGACCAAGAUGGCGUAUGAUUACCACCUUGGCUCGGAGACGGAGUCUAUUGCUCAUGGUCUAUUUGCUGCGCUGCGGGAGUUGGAUGAAUUCGACGUUGAUGUGAUCUAUGUGGAAGGCAUUAACGAUCGGGAUGGAGAUCUUGCUGCUGCCGUUAUGAAUAGACUUCGCAAGGCGGCAGGGUCUGAAUUGAAGAUUUAA